GCGAUGGCAAGCGACGCGCCGCACCCGUCGAUGGCCACGUCGGCCGACGUACCGACGCUCUUAGACCUCAACCCAUGCGCGUACAGGGCCGCGGUUGAGGCAUCCACGUGGCAGCCCGUCCCGGGCCUUGCGCACUCGAAGGAGACGUUGGCGUUCCGCGCGUGGGCGAGCGAGAUCCUUGCUGACGUGCACGCGCAGCUGUCGCCCGAGGUGCUUGCUGUUCGUGCGACGACGCCGCAGUACCGGCUCCAAGCAGACACUUGGCGCGCUUCCCGUGCGCACGAGCUUGCAGUCGUCGGUCGGCUGCCUUUUCUCCAGAGUUCCGUCGACGCGCCGGCCGCGCAGCCCCCCGCCGGCGUCCAAGGCACCCUCAAGAUACACCUCCAUACCCGGCUCAAGCGGCGGUACUUUGAGCUGCGACCUGACGCGUUGGUAUUCUAUCACCGCCGGCUCUGGGUUCAAGGCGACGUGCGAGGGCGCAUGGCGCUGGACCAGGUCGUCUCGCUGCGUCCUGGACCCCAGCUGCGCUCGCUGCAGCUCCAGGAUAUCCGCGAGACGUGGCUCCUGCAAGCCGACACGGACGCGACCUACAACACAUGGGUACAUGCGCUGGUCACGUCCUUGCGCGUCGCUGUCGUCGACGCGCGCUUCCACAACAGCCGACGGCUUGCCGAGCAGCCCAACCAAGUACGCGUCGUCGUGUCGGCCAGCCACACCGUGGGCGAGACCGUGGCGCUCCUUUUUGCAGCAUACAUCAAGAAGCGAGAGCUCGGGGACGACCCGAAGGCCUAUGUCCUCAAGGUCACGGGCUACCGCGACUACCUCAUUGACCGCCACCAAGUGCUCGGACGCUUCCAGCACGUACGCCAUUGCCUGGCGACCAACGAGACGCUUCACGUGACGCUCGUGCACCAACGUACGAUCCAGGCGGCGCCCCGGCCUUGUGUUGAUCACAUGCUCCUUGACCGCGAACGACGCACUCUUCCCGACGCGAGCGAGAUGACGACGGUGGCCAGGAGUGGGGACUGCCACGCGCCACUGCGGCUGUGCAUCUACCGUGCGCUGCAAGUCCCUCGGUACACCACACAUUUAGCGCCGUCGUUGUGGUCGGGGCUUCGCGAGACCGAGCAACGCCCAUUAGUCUGCAAGAAGAUCCUGGCGACGCUCGAGCUCUACGACGCUGGCGACUGCCUCGAGCUUGUAGGAGAGACGUCCGCCGUCACGCUCAAGGCCUUGCCACCGCAUCCAGGUACAAACACCUCGGCGCUCAUCGGCAUCUGGGUCGAGCCGCACUGGUUCACGACAACGACACCGAUAUCCAAGCUGCCACGCACGGCCCGGCUCGUUCUCACCCUCUACAACGUCCACGAGGAGAGCGCAAGUGCAGAAGACCGACACCGCUUCCUCUCAACCGGCCUCCAGCUUUUCGACGCCGACGGUCGACUGCGCCACGGCGAGCAGUAUGCACCGCUCUUCGACAACCCGAGCACGUGCACGUACGGCCCUUUGCCAGCCAUUGGCGACACAACCCUACCCCUUCUCCACAUGGCCUUGGGGCAGUACGAGCGCGCGAUUGAAUUUGAUUGGCGCGCGGGCAGCGAUGGAGCAGCCAUGUCGACUGUCAACGACAUGCCACAAGCGGCGACGCUGCCGACGGCAGCACCCAAAGAAGACAAAGACGCAGCGCUCGACGAGCUGCGAACGAGAAUGGACUGCGAUCCGCUCUUGGUACUGACAACGAGCCAGCAACGGCUCUUGUGGGCGGCGCGCCACGCCGUCAUGGACGCCUUCGAGUACCUUCCACACGUCCUUGCAUGCGUCGACUGGUCAAAUGCAGCGGACGUGGCCGAGAUGCUAACCUUGCUGCCGUUAUGGGCCGCACCGAGCCACACGGCGUCGUACAUUGCGCUUCUCGAUCUGCCAUUCGCACACGAGGACGUCCGGCAGUUUGCUGCCGAUCAGCUUGCGACGUUACCUAACCCGGCCAUUCGUUGGCUGCUGCCGCAGCUCGUGCAGGCGCUCAAGUUUGAGAGCUACCUUGCAUCGCCAUUGGUCAAGCUCUUGAUGACGCGCGCGCUUCAAAACCCGAGCGAGAUUGGACUCGAUUUUUUCUGGGCCAUCAAGACCGAGGUGUCGUCGGGCCACGUGCAGUACAAGCCUUUUUUCGGGCUCCUCCUCAACAUUUAUGCCGAGACGUGCGCACCGGCCAUGCGGUCCAGCCUCCACGUCCAAGACACGCUCUUUUCGGACAAGGGUGCGUUGCAUACGAUCGCUCUCGAGAUCGAAGCGCUUCGCCAGACACCGGACGAGAUGCUGCCAGUGUUUCGUCAGCGCUUGCACCAACUCAACAAGACGCUGCCAUCGUCGUUCCAACUACCGCUGGACGCCCGCCUCGACGUCCGACGCCUUCGUGUCGACAAGUGCAAACUCAUUCUCUCGGCCAAACUGCCGUUCUGGCUAGAGUUUGAGAAUGCCGACGUCGGCGGGGACCCCAUCGUUGUUGUCUUCGUCACCAACACGGACGUGCGCCAGCACAGCCUCAUUGGGCAGCUGCUUUGCUUAAUGGACGAGCUCUGGCGCGCCGACGGCCACGACUUUGCACUUGCUCCGUACAGAGUCGUCGCGACAGGUGCGCGGGUCGGGCUUGUCUCGAUCGUCCAGCACGCCAGCACGGUCCAGGACAUUCAUGUAUGGGGCGGCGGCGGCUCGGGUGAUGUGGCGACAACCGCCUUCUCCGACUGGAUCCAAAGUCAGAAUGGCCCGCGCGACUCGGUCGGCUUUGAGAAGGCGGCGGACCUCUUUUCGCGGUCGGCGGCUGGCUACGGCAUUGCAACGCAUGUGCUCGGCAUUCUCGACCGCCGGAUCGACACGCUCAUGCUGACGACGACGGGUCGGUUCUUGCACAUUCAACUCGAGCAUCUCCUCGGCGGUGUCCAGUACGACUAUGGCGGGCAACGCACGGCGCCACCACUGGUGACCCGCCAAGUGGUCGACGUUCUCGGCGGCCCUGAUCACCCGGCCUUUCUGACGUUCGAAAGCCGCUGCGUGGAUGCGAUUCAGAUUCUGCGGCGGCAUUUACAUCUGCUUGUCGCAAUGCUGGUGCUCAUGUUGCCAGCGAACCUGCGCGAUCUGCGCCGUCGCGACGACAUGUCUCAUGUGGUGCAAGCGCUGUCGCCCGAGACGAGCAGUGACGAGAUGGCUGUUGUCAUUGGCGAACUCGUCAAGAACGGCAUACAUCACUCGCUCACGCACAUUCCAGAUGCGCUACAUCUAUGGCACCCGGUCGUUCAAGGCGCCAAGCUGUCGUUUCGGUGCCUCAAGACAGCACUCCACCUCUGGAGAAGCCAUUUGACUCAUGCGGCGACGAAAGCGAGUUAACACAUAGAGCUAGUACAUUGGCAC